AUUUCUGCUCCGCUGGCCGCAUCCGCUUUCGCCGUAUCUGCCAUGGGCUGCGGAGCCUCCGCGGCUCCUUCUGGCGGGGCAAAAUACUCCGAACGAAAGAGCGCCACUGCCUCUGAGGACAUUGCGAGAAGCAGCUCGCCGAAGGGAAAGGCAAAAGCCAAGGCGAAAGGCAAAGCGAAAUCAAAGGGGAAGAAUAAGGUCUUCGAGGCGAAAGAUGUUGAGUGGCACCUCAAAAAUUGUCUUGACAGCCAAUUUGAAUUGGUCAAGACACUUCGGGAAGCCUAUCCGUUUGACGAAAACAAGAAGAAAACCGUGCAUAAGAGAGAGAAUGUGAGAUCUGGGGGUGUGGACGAUCUCCUUAAAGCUGACAACUGGGGCUCAGUGGAAAUUACUGACAUAGGCCCAACGCGUCUUCAUUGUGAUGUGUGUGGGGUGAUGAUGGUGGAUCUCUAUUCAGCUCCAGAGAAUCCUUUCUACGUUUGUCGGAACUGCCAAAGGGCGGGUCGCAAACUGGAGUUGUGCUUGAAUUGUUUCAGAAACAAGAAACACGAAAAGGCUUUCGCAGCCGAAAAUGGCGGCAAAAGCAUAGGAACCUCUUCCGCUGCAAUGGCGCUCAAGAAAGGCAAUACGAGGAGCGCCACGCGUGAUUUUUAUGCAUCAGAGGGAGGCGCUUCCUCCACAGGAACAGAUCUUGUUGAGGAAGCCUCAAAGCAUAUGACCUCUGGCACCUACGAAGGCCAUUUUGAGGAGGAAGGAGGCAAGAGAAAAGUAUCGUAUGAGCUUUUCUUCUCCGCUAAAGGCGACAUCUCGGGGAAAGGUCUCUCGGGCAACCAGGUCGUUGAAGUCAACGGCACGUACCGAUGGGACACUUUGGCCUACAAGCCCAGAGUGGAAUGGACAGAAAAACACGAUUGGGGCACCUUAAGCUUCAGCGCGUUUAUGGAGGCUCGGAACAAAGAGAUCGAAGGAGACUUCGCAGUGUCUGACGGCGGUAGGGGCACCGGAUAUUUGAAAUACAAAGAGCCACCUGAGCCAUGAGCCAUGUUCUGAUUCGUUUGUGCC